GGUCUCGUGAGUUUUGGGAGGCCUGGGACACAGCUUAUCUAGAGUCUCGUCAACCUAGCAAACUUACCAUUUACUCACAGCGAAGACAUCAAAAUGGUCCUCACUGGUGUGUUAGACGCCAUUUCGGCAGUGGCGACUCUCAGCCUUAGGUUGAUGACAAUCCUGUUCACAAGAUUCCAUCCUCUCGGAAAGGUAUAUCUCAAUCGUAUCUAUGGGAGUUGCGGGUUGUACGCAUUCUCUCUAAUGAUUAGGCUCCUGUUGCCCAAUUCGAGGCGGGCCUCUAGGCAACAUCACCCGUGGCUGCUUCUUCUCUUGGGUUGGGUUGAUCGUCACGAUCUCUCCUUCUCUCGGAUGGGCUACGUGGAUGAGAGUACGGCGCGGAUCGUAGUAAGAGCGCCAGCUCUCCCAACGAAUUACGUCAAGAUCAGUUGGGCGCCUUCCAAGAAAAUUGGACAGGAUGCCAUGUCGCAGACAAUCGUCAUCGCUGACUCCAGUGAUCAUACGGGGACGUUCCUGCUUGACGGGCUGAAGCCGGAUACGUCGUACACCUACAUCACGAAUGCCAGCCAUACCGGAUCUUUCAGGACAGCAGCCCUCUCGCCACAGCGAUGGAGUCUCAUCUCUACAAGCUGCAUCAAGCCUUUCUACCCCUACAACCCCUUGGAUCAUGGCUUACGCAUCAAGGGACUGGAGUACUUGGACCAGCAUGUCUCGGCGAAUCAGCCAGACAUGAUGCUCUUCCUAGGCGACUUUAUCUACAUCGACCUGCCCGUGGCCCUCGGCUGGACGCCAGAGCACUACACCACGGCAUACCGCCAAGUCUAUGCCUCGCUCAGCUGGUCACCCGCGCUUCGAUCCGUGCCGUGGCUGCACGUCUACGACGACCACGAGAUCAUCAACGACUGGGCGGCGAACGAGACUGGUCUCUACCAGUCCGCCAUGAGGCCAUAUUGGUCUUAUCAAGGGCACGCGAAUCCCCCCUCGCAGUAUGGCGUCGGGAAAACGCACUACACCUUCCGCCGGGGCGACGUUUCGUUUUUCGUCCUAGACACGCGGCGCUAUCGAUCGGCUGAAAACAUGGCGGACGGGCCUGAGAAGACGAUGCUUGGCGCGGCGCAGCUAGCGGACCUGCGAGAGUGGCUUGAGACAGAAAAGUUGUGGAAAGUCGUGGUCAGCAGCGUCCCGUUCACGCGAAAUUGGAGGGGUCCCGAUUCGGCCGAUAGCUGGUCGGGAUAUCUGUGGGAGAGAGACAUGAUCUUAGAGAUGAUGAGACAAACGGACGGAGUUAUCAUCUUGAGUGGGGACCGGCAUGAGCACGCGACGACGAUCUUUCCGCCCACUAGCGACAAGGGUGGUAAGUCUGUGAUUGAAUUUUCCACCUCGCCCUUGAACCAGUUCUAUGAACCCUUCGAUCGGUUCCACAAGCAGAUUGAGGACACGGACAUCUCUGUGUAUUCGCACCCGUGGGGGAAUUCAAAGUUUGGUCGGGUGUCAUUUGACACGUCGGAGGAGACCCGAUGGACGGUAGACUAUGAGCUUAUCGUUGAUGGGCGCCAGGUGUGGAACUACACGUGGGAGUUCACCAAGUGA